UAAGGAAAGACACCAGAUAUUUACUGUAAAUGCGCAACGACCUUCCGGGAGUACUGCACUUUUAGUGCAUGCAACACGGGUGUGUACGUACUACUCACUGUAACGGGAACGUCCCAAGACACUUCCAACUUCGUCACUUACGACGCAGCCAUUUCAAUGGUGUGAUAAGCAAAAGUGCGGCGACGAGCCUGUUUCCUACCGCCUCGGAUGUUACGCAGUCACAACUUUCAUGAUGACCAACAUGCCACUCCUCAUGCCAACGGCUACAGUGCCGCGCUCCACGUCCAUGUCGAAGGUGGAAACUGGACUUCCAAAGUCUGCCAGAGUGAUUUCGGUACCAUCUCCCUGUUCGACAAAUGCUCUGCCCUCAUCACUACCGAUGCGGAAUGCGUCCAAGUGCCGUACCCGGCCUUCAAAUUCAUGAGCAUUCGUUUCGCAGCUUUGGUCCAUGUCAAAGACACCCGGCCACGCUUUCCACUGCAAAUCAGAGACACCCGGACGCGCUUUCCAUUGCAACACCAUUCCAUCAAACGACACGGACAGCACCUUCUGGCUGUCAGCACUCAUUGACACACUCCUCACCCGACCCGUGUGCCCGGUCAUCGUGUCGCCGAUUUGACGUCCCGUGUCAGCGUCCCAUACUCGCACCGUCUUGUCAUUUGACCCCGACGCAACCCGUUUCCCGUCCCCGCUCAUCGACACACUCGUCACCCAAUCCGUGUGCCCGGUCAUCGUGUCGCCGAUUUGACGUCCCGUCUCAGCGUCCCAUACUCGCACCUCUUGUCACCUGACCCCGACGCAAUCCGUUUCCCGUCACCGCUCAUUACGACAUCGCGUAUCUUAUCGGAAUGGCCUUUGAAGGAUUGAACAAGCUCGUGUUCUCUGG